AUGGGCGAUAUAAGUGUUCGAUUUCUCGUUCCAGAAUGGUUUCAUAUGAUAGAACACGGGUCAUGGAAAAGCACCAUGAAUCAAACACAUCCCGGGAUGCCACGCGAUUAUCGCAAGGAAAUGUACAACAAAAAUCUGGAGGUUCCAGAUAAAAGGUAUACACUGCAUCGACAGCCAAUCGAAAAGAUUUUUCGUGAAUCCAACGAGACUCGGGCAAUAUACGAGAACGACUUUAUUAGUAAACAACAUAUUAGACUAAGGACUGUAAAAUGUAGACCCAACAAGAUGAAGUUCCACCAAAGAACGUUUGCCUAUAAAUUUGGAGUGUUUCUGUGUAUAAUAUCAGUACCGUCAGCUAUCCUGGGUCUAGGAUUUCCAACAUGGAAGAAAGACUCGGUUUCAAUGCACGGAUUGUUCCAGACUUGUGGAAAACUCCUGGACUUCUCAACUUGUACCACUAUAGACUUAUAUUCUUAUGGAGCAUGGUUUGAAGCAGUAAGAGCUCUAGAGAUAAUCAGCAUAAUUCUGAUGUUUUUUGAUGUUAUUUUUAUGAUCAGAAGAAAACCCAGUCGGCUUGAAGGAUUUGAUGCAUUUAUUGUAGCUCUCCUGUACAUAAGUGGGCCAGCAGUGUAUGCUUACUACGUUAAAGCUACCGAUUUUGGACAAGGUGCAGUGUUUUCUUGGGGGUUUAUACUUGCUUGUUUUAGUGGUGGAUUAGCUGGAACUGGAGCAAUAUGUAUGUGCGGUAGUGAGUUCACACCGGAUAACCGAAUAGAGCCGUACAGUGAAAGACAGAAAGAGAAAAAACGACAGAAGAAGAAAAUGUUCUCACCUAAAGACUGGAACAGAUUCCCAGAUCAUGGUUCUCAUUUAGAGAAGGAUUACUAUAGAGAUUAUUAUAAAGAUCGUGAUCCAGAAUGGGACUAUCUUCAUAGAUUCUGA